CUUCUCUGCCUGAAGUCACUCUUCUUUUUUUGUAUCAACAGGGAAUUGAAGAAAUGUUUCGACGAGGACAACGUAUUGAACCAGGUGGAUCAGCUGGGAGAGACGUACGACGCGAGUGACACUGGCAACGACGAAGUAAUAGCGAAUUUGUUGCAGACCCAAUUUAAUCGCGAGUACGACACGAUGUUGAAGCGCACGGAGGACAAGUUCAAUCGUGACUCAAAAGUGAGCAUCUCAUAUAGCAAUUACCGUAGUUCUUUGUACGAUGCCAAGGACGAAGAUAAUGCAAAUCCUAACGUGGACGACAGUAAGAGGGACUUUGAUCGUUUUGUCAGCAUAGAGAAGGAAUAUGCCUCGAUACCACGCUGCGGCUACAAAAAGAUGGGAAAAGAUUCUCAGAUCGUUACGAAGCACGACAUCCUGAUGUCUUCCAGGAUCAACGCCUGCCGCGUAUUGCAAUUCCCACCGGGGAUUCACACGGGAGACACGGGCGGUUUUGACGUGAAACUGAACAACAAGGUGUACAACACCCUGCGCGCCUACAGUCGCGCGCAGUACUCCAAGGAGAGGGCAAAAGUCUCGCCGAAAUCCAAAACUCAUCCGAAAUAGAGUGUCGAUGCCUCAAGUCAAUGGACGGUUUCUUCCUGAUAGCGGUAUUCCGUAUCUCGUUGACAGGCGAUAUACACAUCUCGUGGUAUCUUUAUUUCAUCAAAAUAUCGCGCUAAUAAAAAUCAAUUCGGCAUUUUAAA